AACAGCCCUGCUUGAUUGUUUCUCCCAAACCUGUACAACCUGUACAUGCUAAUUGGAAAUGGCAGUGUACGUGAAUGCUAGUUAGCAUCCCUAAUGAAAUUGUAAUGACGUUAGCUUGUUGUUGCCGCUGCCAUAAGCCCCUUCACUGACGGCAUUUAAGGGGCCAAGCAGAGGGGAUAACUUGUUUUAGUGGAAAUACAGCGGGCUGUUAUCAGUGGGCAACUUCGUUCCGUAGGUGUGGAGGAGAUACGUCCCCCUGCACAGGUGCUCCACUUCGCCCCGGCGCUUCUCCGCCCCUCUCUGCCGCUCAUUCGCUCCGCCGAGCGGCCCGGAUGUGGCGCACAGGAGAGCUCCCUGACUGACUAACAUGGCGCUGGCUCACACGUAACGUUGCCCGCUGUUAUUAUCCCAAUAAUGAUCAUCAUUGCAUGAGAGGACCAGAAACCACGGGACAUGUGAGCUGUUCGAUCCGGACGAGCGGGUUUGUCAGGGUUUUCCAGCAUGUUUGGGAAGAAGAAGAAACGGCUGGAGAUCUCGGCUCCGUCAAACUUCGAGCACCGGGUCCACACGGGCUUUGACCCGCGCGAGCAGAAGUUUACCGGGCUGCCCCAGCAAUGGCAGAGCCUCCUGGCGGACACCGCCAACCGGCCCAAGCCCAUGGUGGACCCCUCCUACAUCACCCCCAUCCAGCUGGCGCCCAUGAAGAUAUCUCCCAAGAAGGUCCGGCCGUCCGAAACACCGUUGCCCAAAACAAUCGUGCGAGGGAACCGGCCGCCCAAGGACGCGUCCAUUAACGGCCUGCUGGAGGAGUUUGACAACAUCUCGGUGACGCGCUCCAACUCGCUGCGCAAAGAGAGCCCGCCGGGGCCCCACCAGGCCGGCGCCGGCUCCAAACCCUGCAUGGGCCUUCGACCUGGCGGCCCUGAGGAGAACGGCUUCAACCACUACUACUCACGCUACUCCUGCGACCUGGACACCUCCAGCAGGGACUACUCUCUGGACCCAAGCAAGCCGGGCUUCCCCAUGGACGGGGACUGGGCGGUGGGGCGGCACUAUCGCUUCACCAAACAGAAUGGCCACUCGCACCCCAUCCGCAGCCACUUCUACCCUGACGCCAUGCCCCAAAAGUCAGACUAUGGCAAGCUUCCCCCUGACUACCACACCUACCUGGAGAGCAAGGGGCGCUCCGCCGACGAGGUGGCUUCCACCGUGGGGAGCGGGGUGGGCUCCAGCGGCUACUACCGGGCAUCUGUCGGAGGCUCGUCCAGCCAGGACUACCGGGACACAUCAGUAGGGACGCCGUCCCGCGCUUCCUUGCACAGCGAGCAGAUCAACUACCCGGAUAGCGAGUGGAGCUACGGAGCCAUGCGGGAUGACUACGACAAGCGGCCCAAGAGCUCCUACGUGAUGCAGACCAGCCCCACGCCGGCUAUAAGGCAAAGGUCUCGCUCGGGCUCCGGGCUGCAGGAGCCCAACGUCCCCUAUGUGGCCAGCGGGGCCUUCAAGAACCCCGCCCAGGCCCACCCGUACAGCUCCUACACCUACCCUCGCCUCUCUGAGAGCCUCGCCACCUCGCAGACCAUCAACAAGGGUGAAUACGAGCGAGCGUCGCGGGACGGCAGCCCCCAGGUGGCAUCCGGCGACACCUACCCCCGCGGGCCUCUCAAGCUACCUCAGAACCACGCCAAGCCCCCAGGCUACCCGCCGGUGCACCUGCCCUACCCGCCCGUCUUUCACCACUACAAGCCCUCACCCUACCACCAUCCCCCCUCCCAGCCCAGCCCACCUUACACCCCCCAGGGGGCCUACUCCCAACCUUCGUCCCCCUACAUCCUCCCGGGGGCAUACCCACCACCCUCCUGGGGCUCCAGCUCCGACACCCAGCCCUCCAGGGUGUCUCACGAGCAGUUCCGAGCCGCUCUCCAACUCGUGGUCAAUCCAGGCGACCCCCGGGAGUACCUGGACAGCUUCAUCAAGAUAGGCGAGGGCUCCACGGGCAUCGUGUGCAUCGCCAGCGAGAAGCACAGCGGCAAGCAGGUGGCGGUGAAGAAGAUGGACCUGAGGAAGCAGCAGAGGAGGGAGCUGCUCUUUAACGAGGUGGUGAUCAUGAGGGACUACCACCACGAGAACGUGGUGGACAUGUACAACAGCUACCUGGUGGGGGACGAGCUGUGGGUGGUCAUGGAGUUCCUGGAGGGCGGAGCGCUCACCGACAUCGUGACCCACACCAGGAUGAACGAGGAGCAGAUCGCCACCGUGUGCCUGUCGGUGCUGAGGGCGCUGUCCUACCUGCACACUCAGGGCGUCAUCCACCGCGACAUCAAGAGCGACUCCAUCCUGCUGACCAACGACGGACGGAUCAAACUGUCAGACUUUGGCUUCUGUGCCCAAGUGUCCAAAGAGGUGCCCAAGAGGAAGUCCCUGGUGGGGACGCCAUACUGGAUGGCACCUGAGGUCAUCUCCCGACUACCUUACGGCACUGAGGUGGACAUUUGGUCCUUGGGCAUCAUGGUGAUCGAGAUGGUGGAUGGCGAGCCCCCCUACUUUAAUGAGCCCCCCCUGCAGGCCAUGAGGAGGAUACGCGACAACCUGCCCCCACGGCUAAAAGAGUCCCACAAGGUCUCGUCGGUACUGCGCUCCUUCCUGGACCUCAUGCUGGUCCGGGAGCCUUCCCAGCGAGCCACGGCCCAGGAACUCCUCCAGCAUUCCUUCCUGAAACUUUCCGGACCGCCGUCCUGCAUCGUCCCCCUCAUGAGACACUACCGCCACCGCUGACCUUUGAGCGGUGCGCACAGCAGCCCCGCCACCGCCGCCGCCACGGCGCCGCCGACACUUUGUAACCGUGACGUAGAUUAGCUCAAACUUUAUUUACCACAAAAAAACACCCUACACACUCACAGCAAUGAAGUCUGGAGAGGACUCCAGGUGUUUUAUGCACCUUUAUGGACCUGAGCAGGCCCCACCUCCUUUUCAGGACUGCAGCUGAAAUGCUCCAUAGUGGGCGGGGCUUCCAAAGGGCGGGCGUGGCUGCAGACCACAGCAGCAGAGCGAUGAUCCGCUCGCCUGGCGGUGAAAAUGUAUUUUAGAGAAAUUGUAAGAUCUGCUGUAUAGUUUUGAUAAUUUUCAGUAUUUUCUGGUGUGCUUGUCAUAUGAGCAGUAUUCAUCUUUCCUACUCUUUCUAAUACAAACAUCCCACAUGAACCCACCUCAAGCCAACCCUUGCUAAAAACAGUCCAUAUAUUUAUGAUGAUGAUGAUGAUGCUCUAUCUUUGUAGACGCAACUUCCAUUAAACGUUGGCCAACAAAGACUCGUGUCCUUCGGAUUUUUCACCUUUUCAACUGUUUCUUUAUUAUUGCACUUUUAUUGGAAUAUUUUUGUGGAUACAUAAAUACAUGUACAAUAACAUGUAUAAUAACAUGUAUAACAUGUAUAAUAACAUGUAUAAUAACAUGAAUACCAUGUAUAAUAAGAUGUAUAAUAACAUGAAUAACAUGUAUAAUAAGAUGUAUAAUAAGAUGUAUAAUAACAUGAAUAACAUGUAUAAUAACAUGUAUAAUACAUGUAUAAUAACGUGAAUAAUAACAUGUAUAACAUGUAUAAUAACAUGUAUAAUAACAUGAAUAACAUGAAUACUAACAUGUAUAAUAACAUGAAUAACAUAUAAUAACAUGAAUAAUAACAUGUAUAAUAACAUGAAUAACAUGUAUAAUAACAUGUAUAAUAACAUGAAUAACAUGAAUAAUCACAUGUAUAAUAACAUGUAUAAUAAC